AUAGUUAUGGUGUUGAGAUCACGUCCCCAAUAAUUGAGGUGAACAACGUAAAGAUUGACUUCAAUGGAUUAACAUUCCCGAUGGAAAUUCGAAAAAUAAAAGAGUUCACUCAACGAAACCCUCACAUAAGUUUAAAUGUUUUCGGGUAUGAUGAGGAAUCUGACAAAAUAAUUGGACCGCUUUACUGCGAUGGAGUGGAAAUGAGAAUCCACAUUAAUUUAUUAUUCGUCGACGGACCAACGGCGGGUUUUCAUGGACACUAUGUGUGGAUUAAAAAUAUUUCAUCUCUACUUGCCAAACAACUGGGUAAACAUCGAGUUAAGCGUUGGUUCUGUAAUCAAUGCUUACAAUACUCAACGAGUGAGGAGAGGGCGGCUCAACAUACAUUGAGAUGUAGUCGGGUGGUUACCGAGGGACCAAGGAAGGAUCAGAAGAUUACCUUUAAAAACCAUCACCGUCAGUUGGAGGUUCCGUUCGUCGUGUAUGCAGACUUUGAAUGCAUAUUGGAACCAGUAACAUUAGAUGUAAGUGCAAACACAAAAAUUAUUAAUAAGCAUGUGCCAGUAGCAUUUGCAUACUACAUAAAGUGUGCAUUUGACUCUGGCUUAGAUAAGUUUGUUUCGAAGACAGGAGGUGAUGUCGCUCGCACUUUCAUUAAAAAUUUAACGUCAGAUUUGUCCGAUUUGUAUGAGAACCACAUGAAAAUAGUGGUUCCAAUGCACAUGAGUCAUAAUGAGUUAGAUAAUUUUAGGAAAGCAACCAUUUGCCACAUAUAUAUUCGGGAUGAUAUGGAGUUAAAGUUUGACACGUCCGAAUAUCCAGAUGAAUUGGCCGAGUUGUAUAAGUUUAAGAAAUGUAAUAAGAAACGAUUGGGUUUCUUUAAGGAUGAGUUGCAUGAACUGGAGGUGUCGAUUGUCCUGGGUAAGUGCUUACCUCGCCGAUCACUACAUGGGUACUUACUAAAGUGA